AUGGUUAGCGAGCGGGUAUGCAUCUAUGCAGAGAGAGAGACGCACCGCUCCUUUGCCGGGCGUGCAGCAGUUGCCCCCAGAGACGGUAGUUGCCUUGUUGGCCAGGUCCUGAAGACUGCAAGCUAUGCCCUCGCCAGAGGAGACUGUGAUCUCCCCAAAGUCCCGCGCAAGAGCAUCGCACAGGGCAGCCAGCUCCGUGUCCCUGCGAGUCAGGCCGGGCGUCGGGCUGUGCGUCGUCCAGCGAACAAAGGUGGUGUUGUAGACCUGGUGCAACAUACGGUCAGCGAUUGUUGGGCCGUCCAGCUUCGUCACCGCUCAUCCUUCCGGAAGCCGCAGACAACCUACAUUAGACCACUCCGGGUGGUGGUUCUUGAGCUUACACUGCAGGGCCACGGCCGUCAUGAAGUCCUGCGCUACCACGUCAGCCCAUCGGCCAGCAUGGGCCAGUCGGUCCAGCCGUGCUCCCACGCACCCACGUCUUAG